AUGAGUCUUUUCUCGCCGACUUUCCCUGUGCCUUCAGCGGAGCAGUGCGCCUGGGAAGUCAUGAAACCUUUCCGGGUCUUCGGUUCCGCCUGGAUGCGGAACGCCGGCCGCCCCAUCAGGCAGGAGCUCCCCGACCACGUCCGCUUCUGUGAAGCCUGCGGACGGCCUCACGACGACAUCGAGACCACCUGGGAGGUGGCUGGAGGAGGGUACCUGGCGCAGCUGCCUCCUCAGGGCCCCACCUGUGACACCUGUGGUCGCCGUACUGGCGUAACCAGUACCGUACGCCUCGCACGGUGGGGACAGGGAUGGCGAGUCGUCGAGUGGCACCGCUUCGACUUCCUCCUCCUGAGCGCUGACAUCUGGGGGACGCUGGACGAGGACCCCGUCUGCUUUCUCGUGGAGGACCACUGGGAGGACGACACCUACCGACCUGGUGACGAAGUCCACUUCCACCACUUGGUAGCGCUGUUCCAGACCCUGCGCCAGGGCACGCCGUCAGAGAUCGCGGCCGCUCACCACGCCAUCAUCAACUGGAUCAGCAGCGAGGAGACAGCUGUUGGUGUUGAGAUGGACGACGAGCUGUCUGACGUGGAAGACGAUCACCGGAUGCCUUGGAUCGUGGAUGUGGAGGACCUCUUCAUGCAACGUCCACAGUAAGGCAGACACUCACUGUGACUAAGUGACUAUCAUCACAUCUAUAUCAUAUUACCAUGACUCUAUAACGACU